CUUCACCGUCUAUCCACUGAUGGAGAGGUUUGAACCGUCAAUGCAAUCCUGCAACAAUACCCAAGAUAUCUCGUAGUCGGCACCAAAUCGAGGAACCUCGAGAAUUUGACAGCUCCAGCUCUAGUUUUCUUUCGGAAGCCGUUGAGCGCGUUCAGAGAGUAAGCCUCCUAAACGAUCUCUGCCCUCUGACGGAGCCUAGAUCCGGCAAGCGCUAGAUCGAUCUUCUUCUCUGGCAGGUGAGCACCUGCGCGGGGCGCCAGUUAUUUCUUAGGAUUUCGUUUCUACGAUCUUCUCGCUCUAACCUGGUUUUCUUCUUCUUUCUCAAGUGAUCAAGAUGUCAGCAGACCUUGCAAUCCUAAUGCCACAAGGAGUUGCAGCCGAAGUGAAGAACUGAAGAGAAGCAUGACGAGAGGAAGAACAGAGUCGUUUUGAUUGAAGAAGGAAUGUAGUCGUUUUAUUUACUACUUAUUCUGCUUUGACAAAACUGUGCGGUUUAUGUGUUAGGCAUAAUAGCCGUUAUCAAACAGUGCUUAUUUUGUAAAAGGGCCGGUGGAAAACAGACAAGUGUCUUCUAAGAACAAAUCAAAUCUUGAGGCUCAUAUAUAUACUGCAAACAGAGCAACCCUGACUUUUGAGGGUUUUGCUACUACCCUAGCAAUUUUUCUCCAUAUGGUAUCAGAGCGGCGACGCAUCUAGGGUUACAAUGGCGAGCACACCACUGCAGUCAAGCCAUGGAAAGGAGGCUACAACUGGAUCAACAACCUCAGGAGCAACAAUGUCUGGUGUUCGAGGUUUCCAAUUUGGUACUUACACUGAGCAGCAACAAAAUGAGCAGCAACAGCAAAAUACCGUCAGAUCUGAGGUGAUUACUUUUGGUAACCCUUUAUACUUGAACCCUAAUGAAGCGCUGAACCAAUCCAUAGGAACUGAGGUGUUUGAUGGCACAAAUUACACCAUGUGGAGUCGUUCAGUAAUCAUGGGUCUGAAAAUGAAACACAAGCUGGGCUUCAUCGAUGGAAGCAUAGCAAUGCCUCCACCGAAUGAUGCGAUGUUCUUACUGUGGGAUGGCUGUAAUACAGCUGUUCUUAAGUUGACCAGGAUUGCUGUGAACUACAGCUGUAGCUGCUGUCUUCCUUGAAUCAGACCCUCUUGACUCAUUCAAUAGACAUACUCUUGGCGAAUCAUAUCAUUGAUUAUUAUGUAUGAAAUUGACCUUUGAGAGUUGGGGUUAGACAGUCAGAACUUGGAUUUUAUUCAUUAGAAGUUAGGAUAUAUAUAGUAUCUUAUCCCAAAUUCAAAUUAAUAUGUAUAGAUUGAAGGUAAUAACUGGUGUACUCUAAGAGUAUACUAUAUUCAAUGUGGUAUGUCCGUUAGAUCUAUUUUUUUGAGCUCUGAUCAAUUUCAACGGUCAAUUAAUAUUUUUUUUAUUAAAUUGAACUUCGGGUUUGAGUUUAGAGAAUCGGGGUCCGGGGUUUAUCCAUUAAAAGUUAAGGUAUAGUAUUAUAUCUCAAACUCGAUUUAAUUUACGGUCUAGAUAGAGAUCUCUUGACAUGAGUAUGUUAAGUAGACUCCAAGAGUACACCAGUCUGACCUCUAGAUUGAGAUAUCCCAAGUAUCCCGAGUAUCAUACACUCACCGUGACUUAGAGAUACAGUGAUGAGAGAUGUAACAUUUAUAUAAUAUUAUUCAUGAAUUUAACAUGUGAUAGCACUAUAUAUUAGUGAAGUAACUCCUGCUGUCUCUAUAUAUAAAAAAAAAACCCAUUCUACUGCCGCACAAGUUCGUGGCAAUUCAGGUUGCAGAACAGAUGAAGUAUAGCGAUCCUAGCUAUAAUGAAUUAAUCUGUCCCUUGGCCUCCGGUUGUGGCCGUGUAUUCUUCAGGAACAGUGCAAAAUAAACACAUACAUACUUGUAGAUUUAUCGUGAAAGAUCUUGAUUGUUAUAUACGUAUGUACGUGGUAAGGAAAAUCCCAAAGGACAAAGUGUUGGAGGUAUGAAGAACCAGUUGAUCCCAAUAAUUCGAGUUGUUGGGAGAGGUUCAAUCAUGGAUCAUAUACCGUUUACUAACACCCCCUUUCAAACUGAAGCCAUUCAGACAGGCUUGGAAUGGCUUCAGUUUGGACAGGCACAGGUCCGGACACCGUGUGCUCAACAGAAACAGAAACAGAUGGGGGUCACCGGGAUUCGAACAGAAGACCCCGCGGUCACAGAAGGCUCUGAUACCAUAUCAAGAACAAGUUGAUCCCAAUAAUGCGAGUUGUUGGGAGAGGUUCAAUCGUGUAUCAUAUACAGUUUACUAACAGGAGGACCUUGCUUUCAUAUAUCUCUGCUGCAGAGAAUUCCAUGUACGUACGGUUCCUUUAAGCCAUGUCUGUGAGCUGGAAAAAUGAACUGAAGAAGCUAGCUAGCUAGGCUUAGUCUUAGCUCAUCACGAAACAGACAGUGGAUAUGGUCCAUGCACAUUAAUAUGCAUACGUUGCUUGCAUGUCUCUGUCUGUGUUUAUUCCAUAUUCACCUGUAGCUGCUGCAACUGCAGCCUAAGUUUGUGCGGUUGUGGCCCUUGCUUCAAGUUCAACUGGUAUAUUUGCAGUGCAGUUGCUGCUUUACAUUUUGCCCUCCAGGCCUACUAUUUUUGAUUCGCGCCAAAUCGACCAGAGAGCAAGACAUAUGGCUUCGACGAUAGAUCGGAAUCUUAUUUUUGCAGUGCAGAAUCGGUCCCGCGAUUGGAUCUUUUAUAUAUAUAUAUAUAGAAAUGGUCUGCCAUAUAUGCAAUCUUUUAAUUUAGAACCAAACAAAAGAGAAAAAGGUGACCAUUUGGAAUUGGGUGUAAUGGUGGGGCAAAUUGACAGAGUAAGAUCAUAUAUGGAAGUGGAGAAAAGAAGCAGCGAGCGAGCGAUGGUGGGAGGAGGAAUAACAUUUAACCUUUUUA